AGAAUUAAGGAAGAGGGGCCAGUAGUUGUAAGAGUCCAAUACUCCUUACAAAUAACUAAAAUAUUAGUUGUGUUCUAUCUUACAGCAAAGCCAGAGAUAUUUUCUUGCUUCAAAUACACGGAAUGCUUGCCCUGUUUUCGUCAGCAAACGUUUUUCCAGUUAUAUUUUCUGGUUUCAAUGAGAAAGUCGAGCAGAAUAUUUUCUCCUGAAAUUUGUUGCAUAAGAGUAAUGUUUCUAAUUUGGAAUAUUUAGAGUAGUUAAAUUUGUCAGAGAGCGGCUGUUGUAUUGGUGCUAAUUGAAAGAAACGGGGUGAAUUUUGGCCAAUUUCAUGCAUUUUCCAGUGAAUUCGAUCUGUUGACAGGCUUGGCAAAGGGUUUCUUCAAAUUUGUUGAAGUUCUCUAGGAUUUUGUAUUGCAGUUUUCUAAAGCAAUAAUUGAUGGCCAUGCCAUCAAUGCCAUCUGUGUCAUCACCACAGUCAAAUUACAGGUCAACUUCAACACCUGUCUUGCCUCCUGAGUCUACCUCCGAUUCUGGCAGAAAUAUGGAAACUAACUUGUUUUGUAUAUCUUUCAACCAAGACUUUGGUUGCUUUGCUUGUGGUACCAAUCAAGGUUUUAGGAUUUACAACUGUGAGCCCUUUCGGGAGACUUUCAAAAGAGAUUUUGGUAAUGGAGGAAUUGGUCUAGUAGAGAUGCUAUUCAGGUCCAAUAUUUUAGCUUUUGUUGGAGCUGAGGGAAACCCUCAAUUUCCUCCUACUAAUGUUAUUAUUUGGGAUGAUCAUGGCCGCUCAUGUAUUGGUGAAGUUACUUUUAGGUCCAAAAUUCGAGCAGUGAAAUUAAGACGGGAUCUUCUAGUGGUUGUUUUGGAGCAUCUGAUAUUCGUAUAUAAGCUUCAGGGUUUGAAGCUUCUUUACCAAAUAGAGACUCUUGCUAAUCCAAAAGGUCUCUGUGUUCUUUCUCAAGCAUCAAACACUUCUGUUUUGGCAUGCCCUGGUUUGCACCGUGGGGAGGUUCGUGUUGAACACUAUGGUCUGAAAAGAACAAGGUUCAUACCUGUACAUGAUUCACAUAUUGCUUGUUUUACACUGACUUUAGAUGGUAUUCUUCUUGCAACUGCUAGUACAAAAGGGACUCUUGUGCGUAUUUUUAACACGUUUGAUGGAACACUCCUGCAAGAGGUCCGCAGAGGAACAGAGAGAGCUGAGAUUUACAGCAUUGCUUUAUCUCCUAGUGCUCAAUGGCUUGCAGUUUCCAGUGAUAAGGGUACUGUACAUAUAUUUGGUCUCAAAGUACAGGUGGCAGGAGAAGUUUCAAGUAAUGUGAAUGUAAAUACCAUGGAACAGUUGCCAGGGUUAGCUAACCUGCCUGAUGGUUCAAAUGAGAUUAUUCUUACCCCAAACACAGGAGCAAAACCGAGCUCUUCGCUUGAUUUCAUGAAAGGAAUUUUGCCCAAAUAUUUUAGCUCAGAAUGGUCCUUUGCUCGUUAUCAUUUGCCUGAGAAUACAAGGUUUCAUAUUGCCUUUGGAAAGCAGAAUACUGUUAUGAUUGUUGGGAUGGAUGGAAGCUUCUACAGGUGUGCAUUUGAUCCAAUUAAUGGUGGAGAAAUGACAAAGAAAGAACAUGUGAGUUUGUUAGAGUCUGACAAAGCAAGUGCAAAAUAGUAAUGGCUGUAUUUGGGGUUUGUUUGCCGUAGUAGGUAGCCUGACUUAUUUCAACUUUGUUUAAGCCCUCUGAAAGCUAAAUUAAUUGUAAAUAAUAUUUCCAUUUUGUGCAAAUUAGAGGGUACAAUCUAGAUUCUAUUCUUAUACAGAGCUUUGAAAGGGAAGUUUGAUUUCUUUUGUCGAUGCAAACUUUUGAAUAAUUUGCUUGAGUUGUAUCAAUAAAUAAAUAAGAAGACUCAAUAUUUUUCGUGAAAGUGAAGAAAUCAAGGUUGGUAUUUUCCCUUUGAAGCUAUGAAUAAUAAUGUAAACGACUUUAUUAUUGUA